AGCGCGCCCCGACUGUCCCCGACGCCGCGCGCCGAGCCCCCGGCGACCGCCGCAGCGCGACACCGCCGCCCCAGCGGCGCGCCCGCCGCCGCAUCCUUCCAAGGUGUCGCAGUCUCCGGGCGCGUCGUCGCGCCCAGGGCAUCGCGCAUGCGUCGCGGGUGUCUCCGUGUCGCGCGGGCGUCCAGGUGAGCGCGACGAUUGGUUGACGCGCGACGACGCCCCUCCUCCCGCGGCUCCCUUGGUGACGCGCGGCGAAAAAGAGUGACGCGCGUGCAGUCCGCGGGAGAGGGUGACUGCGCGACUGGGCGAGGAGGGCGCGGGGGAGGGUGACGCCGCUGUCGCGCACCCGGCCGCCCCUGGCCGCCGCCGCUGGCCGAGCACUCCGCGACACGUCGCUCGUGCGCGGACGGGGACGACGGAGCGUCGGUGCUGCGCCUCCUCCGCCGCCUCGGGGAAUAUCGGUGACGCUCCGACGCCUGUGUGAACUGCCGUGGUUGUGGCUGCCGGGUGGCGGCGUGCCGUGAAGUGUGCCAUGCGGGACUGACGCCGGCGACGCGACGUUGCAGGAGGAGACGCCGUGGCCGCCUGCGCUGCCGUGGCUGCCGAGCAGCGACACCGGAGGAGUCCGGCCGCGCAGCCGUCGGGGCCCCAGGGCUUCGCGGCCGAGCGACGGCCGCACAACAUGGAUGUGGCGAUCCGGUGCACAAAACCCGGAUGCGGCUGCGAGUGCUUCACGCCCAGCAAAGCGGGACAUCGCGUCUGUAGCUCCUGUCAACACGGCUGGGUUGCGCACGCCCUAGACAAGCUGGGCCACCGGCGACCGCAGCAGCCGCACCAACACGUGCAGAGCGGCUGCGGCGGCGGCGGCAGCAUGGUGGUCGGCACGGCGCCCGAGCUGGUGCAGGCGAGCAGUGCCUUCGACAUGGCGUCGCUGGUGCUGUACGGCAGCCACGCCGUGCCGAUCCGGCUCAAGAUCCUCCUGGACCGGCUGCUCAGCGUCCUGCCGCACGACGAAGUCAUCCACGUCCUGCACGGCUUCGGAUGGACCUACGAGGACUACGUGCGCGGAUACAUUCUACAGGAUUCGCACGGCACGGUGCUCGAGCGAUGGAGCCUGGCCAGCCGCGAAGAAGAGCCUUUGGUCAUCCAGCAGUUCCUGCGCUUCGGCGAAACCCGCGCCCUCGCGCACCACUUCCUCACGAGCGACGGCCUCCUGGGGGGCUCCGACCGGGCCGUGACCGAUGGUCACGGUCUACUCCACUCUGACUCUGACAUCAAGAAGUUCCUGGAGAGGACGAGCCGCAGCAGCGCCGCCAUCACGGCUUCGUCGGCGCUGUUCGCCAGCAAGUUCGCCAACGCCGCCGAAACUGUCGUGGGCAGCCGUAGCGGCAGUGGCGGCCUGGUGCUCACCAGGCCCCCGUCGCUGAGGCACCAGCCGCACCCCCCCUCGAGCGUGAGCUCGGGCCAGUCCGCGUCGCCACCGGCCGCCGGCUGCUCGCCGGCGGCCAGUCCCCUGGCCGCACUGUCCUCGUCACCGCUCAACAAGCUGCAGAACAUGCAGCCCUACGACUUCCGGCAAGCGGAGCGCAAGGGAUCCAGCCCCGAGAUCGCCAGGUCCGUCGCAGACGGCCUGAGGACGGCCGACAUGCUGCUUCUACACAACCAGCACCACAACCACAACUCGACUCCACUGUCUUCCCCCACGCACAACAACAACAACAACUUGGGCUCCUCCUUCCUCAACCACAGCUCGGAUCUGAGCCUGACAGACGGUGUCUCCGACGACGAGGACACUGUUGAUGGCGGAGCCAUCAACCUGACGCUGGGAGGAGGACCGGGAUCGAUGGAUUCGGUUUUUGCGGCGCGAAAGGUGAAGCACCUCCGCAAGUCAGCCAACCCGAUGAAGCGGCGCUGGAACCCCAUGGUGCUGAGUACGCUCACCACGAACCCGGCAACGGGAAAGCGUCGGGUCCAGUGCCACGUCUGCCUCAAGACCUUCUGCGACAAGGGAGCCCUCAAGAUCCACUUCAGCGCGGUGCACCUGCGGGAGAUGCACAAGUGCACGGUGGACGGUUGCAAUAUGAUGUUCAGCUCGCGCCGUAGCCGCAACCGGCACAGCGCCAACCCAAAUCCCAAGUUGCACACGCCGAAUCUGAGGCGCAAGAUCAGCCCCCACGACGGGAGAACGGCCAACCCAUUCCCGCUGCUCCCGCCGUCGACGCUGCUCAACUUUAACAACGCCAACGCUAGUGGGCUCGUGUCGCCGGCUUCGCUGGCUUCCUCGCUGCACGAGAAGAUGGGCUCCGUGCAGGAAAGGCUGGCUUCGCUGUGUCCGACGCCUCCCAUGCCGGGCUCAAACGUCCUAAUGCCGGGGGACGGCGCCCUUCCGCUCACAAAGAAGCUCAAGUUUGACGAGAGAGUCGCCAGUGACGCCAAAGAAUCGCCCGAGAAGAGGGACGCUGGAGUGAACCUCUCCGUCGAGAAGGAGAACAAGAACCUCGAGAACAGAACGGGUAUGCCAGGACCGAACGACACGAAGGGCGUCCGGAAGAGGAAAGCGCUCAAUCCAACCAAGCUCGCGACCAUCACGAGUGACGACGACCUUCAAUACGCGACGUCGGAUGAAUCUUCUAGCAACACUUACAUCGACCAAAACGGGCUCCUGGAAGAGUCUAAGUCGGACGAUGAUGAUGACGUCGACGAUAUCACCACUGACGGACACGAAGAUGACUCUAAAGAUUUCGACGUUGACGAUGACCUCGACGACAAGGACACGGAUGGCCGUAACACGCCGUCUCCGCCGCUGAUCAAGUUCAAGUCCGAGCGCGAAGCUCCCAAAUGGAGCUUCGAAGUGGAACAGAACAAGAUCGGCGCCGUCGAAGAGGAAGACCAGAAGCCCGACCUGCAGAGCAGCAGCAAAUCGCGAACCUCGCCGACACCCAAGAAGGAUUCUGUCGAGGACCUGUCCACCAAGCGGGAGGAGGGCACGCCGCCCACACGUAUCAAGACCGAGGACGUGACCGAAAACCCGCUCCGGCACCUGGAGUCGCUCUCUCUGGGGGCCUUCGCGGGCCUGGUGCCCACGGCACCCCGCAGCCUCGCCGGCGGCGGUGUCUCGUUCCACGCACCGGGGCUGGGCCUCGCCGAUGUCCCUCGAGAGGUCCUGGCAAACAGCGGCCUCCAAGAUGCGGGCCUCCUCGGUCGCGACUCCCCGCCCUCCUCCGAGCAGCACAUGUCCUCGCUGCUCCCUGUCUACCGCGACGCUGCACUCGUUGGUCCCGGGCUCGAGAUCCCGGUGGACAAGGAAAAUCCGCGGCGGUGUACGGCCUGCGGUAAGGUGUUCCAGAACCAUUUCGGCGUGAAGACGCACUACCAGAACGUGCACCUCAAACUGAUGCAUAAGUGCACAGUGGAAGGAUGCAACGCCGCCUUCCCGUCGAAGCGGAGCAGGGACCGCCACUCGGCCAACCUUAACCUUCACCGCAAGCUUCUCUCGACCACCUCCUCGGACAAAGGAGGCGCGCCGUUCCUCGACAAGGCGCUCUUCCCGUACCCGCCGUCGGACUUCUUCACCAGGCUCUACGACCCGCAGGGCUUACCUCUCAACCUGGCCGACGUGUACCACAGGCUGCCCGCACCGGAGGGAUUCGUUCUGCCCCCCGCCUUCGCGGUCGGCCCCUUCCACCACCACCACCACCCGGGCCUCCUGGGACAGCACGGCUCGGCCGCGGACUCCAGGCCGUCCGAUGGCAGCCGCGGCGGCUCGCCCGCCAGCGCCACGUCCAGCUCUCCGGGGCCCCGCAGUCCCCAGGACUUGCGGCACGACGAAGACGUCGAAGACGACUCCCGCGAGAAGGACGACCGGUCCUCACCUCCCAAGACUGCCAGGACGUCGCCCGUCGAAGACGUGCCCGUCGCCGUGGCCGCCACGUAGCCCUAGCUCCUUCGCGCGUUCCCACGUACAAACGGACAGCAGAGGCGCGCCGGCGGGACGGCCGUGCAUUUCCCCAGCAGCGUCUCUCUCUCCGACUCUUCCCCGUUGUGCCAACAGACUGAGGCAGCUGUGAUUUGUGACGUUCUCCCGUGCUGUUGUUUUGUUUUCGUACGCUCUCCUCCCUAUCUCCUCGAGCUCAUGUACUUCCCUCCGAGAGUAGCGGGACGCGGACUCGAGCCAGGAAGGACUGCUUGCCCCUCGCCCCUCCCCCGGUGUCCCGUGUGCUCCCUUUGUACAAACGACAACACAGACUCUGGGAAGACAGUAUUCUGCAUUUUCAUUCUCCGCCCCCAAGACAUCUCGUGUUCAUUUUUUCUCGUUUACCGAAGCGCGCGAACGGAAAAAGAUAUCGCGCGACACGUGCUUCCUGUACGGUUAAUAGCGACUUCCUUUGCAAUACCGUAUAUAGAUAUAAAUAUAUCUGUAUAGAUAUGCACAAAAAACCAACCUGUGUGUAGAAAAAAAAAAGGAAACCACGUUUUUGAAGGACAAUCGUCAAACAAAUGCGAAGGAAGGCGCUUCUUUUUUUUGGGUGGGUUGGGGUUGCGAGAAGCAGCAGUAUCAAAGAGCGCAUUUUCUGUUGUCUGAAUUCUGUUUAAAUUAUUUCCAUACAAGGGUCAGAGACUCUGUAUCACGUUUGAAAAAAAAAAGGUGUUUUAAAGAAAGCAUUAAAACAAAAAGAAUGGCUCCAGCACCUCAGGUUUUGGAGGCUUUGCCAAAAAAAUUGUUGCUCGUGUGAUGUUUCGUCUGCUUAGAUUGCGUGUGUGAAACAACUAAAAGUGUUCUGUCCUUAAGUUAGUUCUCAAGGCUGUUGUGCAUGAGCGACAUAAAAUGAAACACUUUUUCCAGGUCGUUGUGCUCAACGACUGACAUGAUUACACUCCCACAUUCAAAGUUAAAUGCCGGCUAUUCGGCCACUUUUGAAGCCCAACAUUCUCCUGACUAUAAUUUGCAAGCCGCUUACAGUUGGAAAAAAGUUUACCACUUCCUGCAAGCUCGUGACCUCGCGGGUUUUUCAUAACCAAAGCACGGGCAUGAUGAUUCUAGUCAGGAACCUUUGAGAUUUCCACUAAGGUCGGUGCCAGAAACUGCCAUAUCGGCAAGAACAACUGCAGGUACCACGCAUCUUUCGUUUUCUGAAAGAAACGCGCGUAUGUUUUUCCCGCUUAGACAAUACGUACACAAUCCAGACGUCCCUGAGCCUUCGGACGCAUUCAUAUUAAUGAUGACAUUGUAGCUUGCUAACAAAGAGGGGCGAGUGAAACUCUGCAGGCAUCACCCUCCGACCGUCGUGUCAAGUCAAAGCAGUAAAAAAAAAGCGCUUAAAACUAAAA